AUGUUGGACGUCAACGACUUCAUCAAGGAGCGCGGCGGUAACCCAGAAAAGAUCAGAGAAUCGCAACGCAGACGCCAUGCACCGGUAGAGGUUGUAGACGAGGUGAUAGAAAUGUUCGAAGAUCACAGAAAGACACAGUAUGCUGCAGGCACAGAGAUGGGCGCGAAGCUCAACAAGGUGCAAAAAGACAUGGGCUUGAACAAGAAGAACAAGGGCGAUCCAGCAGAGUUCGAGAAGCUGAAGCAGGAGAAGGAUGACUUGACCAAGGAGAAGAAGAGACUGGAGGAGGUCGCUGAGGAGAAGUACGCAGCACUUCUGAAGAAGGUGAAGAGCAUAGGCAACUACGUGCACGACACAGUACCACUCUCAGACAACGAGGACAACAACCGGCUCGAACGAGACUGGGCACCCGAAGGCACAACCCCAGAGAAGAAGGACUGCUUGUCCCACCACGAAGUCCUCACACGACUAGACGGCUACGACGCAGAGCGCGGUGUGAAGAUUGUCGGACACAGAGGUUACUUCCUCACCGACUACGGCUGGUUCCUCAACCAAGCUCUCAUCAACUAUGGCAUGCAAUUCCUCUUCAAGAGAGGCUAUCGACCCAACCAACCACCCUUCUUCAUGCUCCGUGAAGCCAUGGCGAAGACCGCACAGCUCGAGCAGUUCCACGAGGAGCUAUACAAGGUGACGGAGAAGGACAAUGACCCGGCCAGCGACAAGUACCUCAUCGCUACCUCGGAACAGCCUAUCUCAGCUAUGCACGAGGGCGAGUGGAUGAACGACAAGGACCUCCCGAUCAAGUAUGGUGGUUACUCGACCAACUUCCGGAAGGAGGCAGGUUCGCAUGGAAAGGACGCGUGGGGUCUAUUCCGGAUUCACCAGUUUGAGAAGAUUGAGCAGUUCAUCUUUUGCAAGCCGGAUGAUAGCUGGAUGCACUUUGACGCAAUGAUGAACACUUCAGAGGAGUUCUACAAGUCGUUGAAGCUCCCGUACCGAGUGGUGGCGAUCGUCUCUGGUGCGCUGAAUAACGCUGCGGCGAAGAAGUACGAUCUGGAGGCGUGGUUUCCAUUCCAGGGCGAGUACAAGGAGCUGGUGUCAUGCUCGAACUGCACUGACUACCAGACUCGUGAGCUUGAAGUUCGCUUCGGCCAAAAGAAGCAGACCGACGCCUCAUUCCAAAAGACCUACGUCCACGCCCUCAACUCGACUCUCUGCGCGACCGAACGUGCCCUCUGCUGCGUGCUCGAGAACUACCAGACAGAAGAGGGUCUCGUUGUCCCAGAGGUCCUGCGGGAUUUCAUGCCUAACAAGGAGGAGUUCCUGCCAUUCGUGAAGGAGCUGCCGAAGGACUCGACUAGCUUGAAGGCGAAGGAUAAGGCGGAGCAGAACAGGGGUGGUGGCAAGCCGAAGUUACCGCAGGAGGGUCAGGUCGUUGAGAGACCGAAGGCCGUGGCGGAGGAGAAGAGAUCGUAG